AUGGCUUCUUCUGCUUCUUCUUCCACGGCUGUUGAAGUGAGGAAGCAUGAUGUUUUCCUCAGUUUCUGUGGCGAGGACACCCGGACCACAUUUACCAGCACUUUACAUGGAGUCUUGAACGAGACAAGUAUAAAUGUUUUCAUUGAUGAUGAACUUAACAAAGGAGAGGAGAUUUCGUCAUCUCUUAUGAGUGCAAUUGAAGAAUCAAUGAUUUCCGUUAUUACUUUCUCGAAAGGUUAUGCAUCUUCAAGAUGGUGUCUUGAAGAACUUGUGAAGAUCAUGGAGUGCAAGAAAACGCAAAAACAGUCGGUAAUACCAGUUUUCUAUCUCAUGGAUCCAUCAGAAGUAAGGAAUCAAACUGGAAUUUUUGGAGAUGGAUUUGCCAAGCUUGUAGAAAGUUUUGAUGAGGAGAAGCUUAAUUAUAAUCUUGCAAAAAAAGUUAUUGAAGAUAUUUUGAAGAUCUUAAAUUUCAUGUCCCCAAGCAAGAGAACUAUUGCAAAGAGUGUAUUCGACAAAAUAAGCAAUCAGUUUGAAGGUUCAUACUUUGCUAGAAAUAUUAGGGAAGAAUCAACGGGUCGUUAUGGACUAACUUGGAUGCAACAAGAACUUCUUUCUAGUAUAUUAAAGCAUCCUAUUGGCUUCACAAAAGGAAGGCUUGGUCGUAAACAAGUUCUUAUUAUUUUGGAUGAUGUGACUACUUCAGAACAAGUAGAAUCUUUAAUUGAAAUUAGUACCUUGGGUCCAGGAAGUCAAAUCAUUAUAAUAGCAACAGAUAAACAAGUGCUUCGAAAUUGUGGAGCGGAUGACAUCAGUAUAUACAAGAUGAAGGGGCUACCUAUGAAUGAAGCUCUUCAACUUUUUAGUUGGUAG